GGUGCGCGGGGGCCGGCCCGGUGCGGCCCGGUGCGGCUCGGCGCGGCGCUUCCUCCCGCUCCCCGCCCGUCCCUUCCGCGCCUUGCGGCCGCGGCCGCUCCCCGUCCUCCCGCCUGGGGCCGCGCUGGGCGGCGGCUGCGGCGGGGCCCGCGCCAUGGCGGCGGAGCGGGGGGGCUGCUCCCUGGACGCCGUGCCGCUGCCGCCCGAGGUGCGAGAGAGCCUGGCGGAGCUGGAGCUGGAGCUGUCGGAAGGAGACAUCACUCAGAAAGGCUAUGAAAAGAAAAGAGCAAAGCUGUUAGCACGGUACAUACCACUAAUUCAAGGUGUGGAUCCAUCCCUGCAAGCAGAGAACAGAGUCCCAGGCACCUCGCAAGCUACAGCUGCUGUGUCUAAACAGCAGAAAUCACGUUCUACUAACUCAAGGGAUGAGCGCUUCCGAUCUGAUGUCCAUACUGAAGCAGUACAAGCAGCUCUUGCGAAAUACAAAGAGAGAAAAAUGCCCAUGCCUUCCAAGAGACGGUCUGUUCUUGUGCACUCUUCAGUAGAAACAUACACACCUCCAGACACAUCGUCAGCAUCAGAAGAUGAGGGCUCGUUACGUCGGCAAGGGCGGAUCACCUCCACUCCGUUCCAGAGCCAUUCCAACGUAGAGCCCUGGCUUAACCGUGUUAUUCAGGGCUCGUCCACCUCAUCCUCUGCAUCCUCCACCUCAUCUCAUCCAGGAGGGAAACCUGCUGCUGCUUCCAAUACUGCUACUGCCACCGCUGCUGCCACUGUGCUUGCAGAUCUCAUGGCACACACCCAGCUAGAUAACCACUCUGCACCUCCUGAUGUAACCACUGGUUUGGUGGAACACUUGCAUCAUGAGCGACCACAACUGGCAUCAGUACGAGGAGUUCCCAGAGGCUACAACAGCAGCAUUUUGGAAACUGCAGAUGGUGUCCCAGUGAAUAGCAGGGUGUCCUCUAAAAUCCAGCAGCUUCUAAAUACCUUGAAAAGACCAAAGCGCCCACCUUUGAAGGAGUUUUUUGUUGAUGAUUUUGAAGAACUGCUAGAAGUGCAACAGCCUGACCCAAAUCAACCAAAGCCUGAAGGAAAUCAGAUGAGUGUUCUUAAAGGUGAACCCUUAGGUGUGGUAACCAACUGGCCACCUUCUCUGCUGGCUGCCCUGCAACGCUGGGGAACUACACAGCCGAAAUCCCCAUGUCUGACUGCUUUGGAUACAACCGGGAAAGCUAUUUAUACACUUACCUAUGGCAAACUGUGGAGUCGGAGCUUGAAGUUAGCGUAUACCCUGCUAAACAAGCUAACCACUAGGAAUGAACCACUGCUGAAGCCUGGAGACCGGGUAGCUCUUGUAUUUCCUAAUAGUGAUCCAGUUAUGUUUAUGGUGGCUUUUUAUGGAUGUCUCCUGGCAGAACUUAUUCCUGUCCCAAUAGAAGUUCCACUAACCAGAAAGGAUGCAGGCAGCCAGCAAAUUGGAUUUCUUUUGGGCAGUUGUGGAGUAACACUAGCUUUAACCACUGAUGCUUGUCAAAAAGGCCUUCCUAAAGCUCAGACUGGUGAGGUAGUUACGUUCAAAGGUUGGCCUCGUCUCAUUUGGUUUGUGAUUGAUGGAAAACAUCUGGCAAAACCAGCUAAGGACUGGCAUCCGCAAGUACGGGAUGCCAGUGCUGAGAUUGCUUAUAUUGAGUACAAAACAAGUAAAGAGGGGAGCACAGUGGGCAUUACUAUAUCUCAUGCUUCCAUGCUGGCACACUGUCAUGCAUUGACUCAGGCAUGUGGCUAUUCAGAAGCUGAAACACUAACAAAUGUCUUGGAUUUCAAAAGAGAUGCUGGCCUUUGGCAUGGAGUACUAACAAGUGUUAUGAACAGGAUGCAUGUCAUCAGUAUUCCCUAUGCGCUAAUGAAGGUUAAUCCACUUUCGUGGAUACAGAAAGUCUGCUCAUACAAAGCCCGUGUCGCAGUAGUAAAAUCACGUGAUAUGCACUGGUCACUUUUGGCUCAGAGAGAUCAGAGAGAUGUCAGUCUAAGCUCUUUACGAAUGUUAAUAGUGGCAGAUGGAGCUAAUCCAUGGUCAAUAUCUUCUUGUGAUGCGUUCCUGAAUGUAUUUCAAUCCAGAGGUUUGAGACCGGAAGUAAUCUGCCCCUGUGCUAGUUCCUCAGAGGCACUAACUGUUGCUAUUCGCAGACCUCCAGAACUGGGUGGGCCUCCUCCAGGAAAAGCAGUGUUAUCUAUGAAUUGUCUUAGUUUUGGUGUGAUAAGAGUGGAUACAGAAGAGAAGUUGUCCAUUUUAACUGUACAGGAUGUUGGUCAGAUUAUGCCUGGAGCAAAUGUUUGUGUCGUGAAGGUGGAUGGGACUCCUUAUCUGUGUAAAGCUGAUGAGGUUGGAGAAAUAUGUGUGAAUUCAGGUGCAACUGGAAUGGCAUAUUUUGGCCUUCUUGGAAUCACCAAAAAUGUGUUUGAGGCCAUUCCAGUGACGGCCACCGGUGUGCCUGUUUCAGAUCAACCCUUUACAAGAACAGGAUUACUUGGCUUUGUGGGUCCUGACUAUUUGGUGUUUGUGGUAGGAAAAUUGGAUGGCCUAAUGACAGUUAGUGGUCGCAGACAUAAUGCAGAUGAUGUAGUAGCCACUGCAUUAGCAGUAGAACCAAUGAAAUUUGUCUACCGGGGAAGGAUAGCAGUUUUUUCUGUGACCGUUUUGCAUGAUGAUCGAAUAGUGCUUGUGGCAGAGCAGCGCCCUGAUGCAUCAGAGGAGGAUAGUUUUCAGUGGAUGAGCAGGGUUCUACAGGCAAUUGAUAGCAUUCACCAAGUGGGCGUCUACUGUCUUGCCUUGGUGCCAGCCAACACUUUGCCAAAAGCACCACUUGGAGGAAUUCAUGUUUCAGAAACCAAGCAGCGCUUUUUAGAAGGUGCUCUGCACCCUUGUAAUGUCUUGAUGUGUCCACAUACUUGCGUUACUAACCUGCCUAAGCCUCGACAGAAACAACCAGAUGUUGGUCCUGCUUCAAUGAUAGUAGGAAAUCUUGUUGCUGGAAAGAGAAUUGCACAAGCCUCAGGGAGAGAUGUUACCCAGUUGGAGGAUAACGAUCAAGCAAGAAAGUUCCUGUAUUUAGCAGAUGUUCUUCAGUGGCGAGCUCAGACAACUCCAGAUCAUCCCCUCUUCUUGUUGUUGAAUUCCAAGGGCACUGUAACUAGUACUGCAUCAUGCAUACAAUUGCACAAGAGAGCAGAGAGAGUGGCAGUUGCACUGAUGGAGAAAGGACGACUGAAUGUUGGUGACCAUGUAGCCCUGGUUUAUCCUCCGGGCGUAGACUUAAUAGCGACUUUCUAUGGCUGCUUAUAUGCUGGCUGUAUACCUAUCACUGUUCGCCCACCUCAUCCACAGAAUCUUGCUACCACUCUGCCCACUGUCAAAAUGAUUGUAGAGGUCAGUAAGUCUGCAUGUAUACUUACCACACAAGUGAUAAUGAAACUGCUGAAGUCCAAAGAAGCUGCAGCAGCUGUAGAUAUUAAGACUUGGCCCACUAUUUUGGAUACAGAUGAUAUGCCGAAAAAGAAGCUGGCUAAUAUUUUCCGACCUACAUCUCCAGAUAUGCUGGCAUAUUUGGACUUCAGCGUGUCUACUACUGGCAUAUUAGCAGGAGUAAAGAUGUCACAUGCAGCUACAAGUGCCUUAUGUCGUUCUAUAAAGCUACAGUGUGAGCUAUACCCUUCGCGUCAGAUUGCCAUCUGCCUUGACCCUUAUUGUGGUUUGGGAUUUGCACUAUGGUGCUUGUGCAGUGUAUAUUCAGGUCAUCAGUCUAUUCUUGUCCCUCCUCUGGAACUAGAGAGCAAUGUAUCUCUCUGGUUGUCUGCUGUAAGUCAAUACAAAGUGCGUGUCACUUUCUGCUCGUACUCGGUGAUGGAGAUGUGCACCAAAGGGCUUGGAACACAGACCGACAUGCUGCGGAUGAAAGGAGUUAACUUGUCUUGUGUGCGAACAUGCAUGGUGGUUGCAGAGGAGAGACCAAGGAUUACAUUAACACAGUCUUUCUCUAAGUUAUUCAAAGACCUGGGCCUCUCUGCUCGUGCAGUGAGCACUACAUUUGGGUGCAGGGUCAACGUAGCAAUUUGCUUACAGCCAAACAGGCUGGGCAAGCUGGCUGAGCAGGGAACAGCAGGACCAGAUCCAACAACGGUCUAUGUAGAUAUGAGAGCACUUCGACAUGACAGGGUACGUUUGGUAGAGAGAGGUUCUCCCCACAGUCUGCCACUUAUGGAGUCUGGGAAGAUUCUUCCAGGAGUAAAGGUCAUCAUAGCACACACAGAAACCAAGGGACCUCUGGGAGACUCACAUUUAGGAGAGAUAUGGGUGAGUAGUCCGCAUAAUGCUACUGGUUACUACACAGUGUAUGGAGAAGAAGCACUGCACGCUGAUCACUUUACUGCUCGAUUGAGUUUUGGAGACACUCAGACCAUAUGGGCUCGGACUGGAUACCUUGGCUUUCUGCGCAGAACUGAACUUACUGAUGCUAGUGGAGAGAGGCACGAUGCCCUGUAUGUCGUAGGCUCUUUGGAUGAAACACUGGAGCUCAGAGGAAUGAGAUACCACCCCAUUGAUAUAGAGACAUCUGUAAUAAGAGCACAUAAGAGCAUUGCAGAAUGUGCUGUAUUUACAUGGACCAACUUGCUUGUGGUGGUUGUGGAAUUAGAAGGCUCAGAACAAGAAGCAUUGGACCUGGUUGCACUGGUAACAAAUGUGGUUCUGGAAGAACAUUACCUCAUAGUAGGUGUUGUAGUCAUUGUGGACCCAGGUGUUAUUCCUAUCAAUUCCCGUGGUGAAAAACAACGAAUGCACUUGAGAGAUGGAUUUUUAGCUGACCAGCUGGAUCCUAUUUAUGUUGCCUACAACAUGUGAAACCAGAAAAUCACAAGGCUAAAGCACCAAAAUCUAGGGACUUUCUGAAUAGCAUCUGAAUUCAUUUGUUAUGUUUUUAAAACUGUUGAAAAACUUAGGAAAAUGGAGAUACUAAUCUUCACAGACCUUCACCUUUCAGAUUGCAUUUAAUUUCAUAAAUCCAUUAUAACAGUUAUUGCUGUCUUAGAAUGGAGAAUUGACUGGAAUUCCUGAAGGAAACUUAUGAGAACUAUCAUGGACCAAUGUGCUUUGUUUUGUUGUUUUUUUGUUGUUUUUUUUUUACAAUAAUUAUGAAUGUCAGUACUUGAUGCACUGCAUAAAGGGACAUAAGGCGGGGUGGGGAGAGUACACCAGCUGUGAGGAAGACUCUUGGAAAUAAUUCUGAAAGUUGUGAAAAAACAUUUGGACUUAACCCUCAAUUAGAUUGUUUGCAAUGUAUUGGUAGUAUCUGGGUUGGGACAUAACUUCCAAGAUUGCACACAUCUCUAGCAUAUUCUCCUACUGUACUGAUAGGAAUUCUGCACAUAUUUCAGGUUUAAAAAUGCAGCCUUUUUAUUUUAAAUCACUGAUUCAUUCCUAUUCAGAAGAAACAAGUUCAUUCAAAUUCUAGAUUCAAUCUAACAAGAGUUAUGCUGCUGUUCAGCUUUUUUGUACCAAGCAAAAGCAAAUACUGCAUCUGUAACAAGGUUACAUAUUGUGCCAUGCUAAACUCUGUAAUGCUAUGAACUUUAUAAUAAAAUAUUAAAUUAAUAUUCAGUUUUAACUACUUGAUGCAGGAGCCUUCACUGCUCUUGCUGUUGUAACUUUAUGUUAAAAGUUGCUUGCUUUCAUAGCAUUAGUUGUUUAUUACUGCCCUGCAUAACACCAAGUACUUAAGAACUCAUUCCAAAGCCAAUAGUCUCUGAAUUGUUUGUAGAAAUGUUUACAAAGCAUGAUCUUACAGUAUGUUUUCCAUGAAUAUCCUGUGAUAAAACUUAUGUAGUAAUUUCUUCCACCGUGGAAAAGAUAUUCAGUGUUAGGUGGAUCUGCUAUGGUACAAGCCUUCAUUUUUUAGUUCAGUUUAGACAGACCUUUUGUUCAAGCUGAAAUAGCCUGGUGGUUGAGUCACACUGACUAAAUACAGUUUUGAAAUUUCUGCCUGAUCUAAUACUGCAGUGAACCUAAUUCAGAAAGAGAACGUGAAGUUAUUCAAAUACUUCAUGUGUUUGAAGGUAAGUAAGAGACUAGCAAAUAAUUAUUUUUAUAGAGUUAAUAAGGAGUUUGAGCUACAUUAAUUUUUUUUUUUUUUUUUUUAGUAAUGCUUGGGUUUGGCAAAAGAGCCAGGUUUUUCUGCAAGGCAAUUUUGCCUGGAUCAGUGCCUAAGAAAGAUGGAUAUCAAUAUCCUGGUAAGAGGAUAUCAAAUGACUCUUGGUCGAAUGAGCUAUAAAAUCUUCUAUAAAGUGCUUUCGUAUAUAUUAGUUCUUUGCCCUCAUGGUGUUUGAUUGUGGUGUAUUAUACAGCUGCAUACCCUCCUAUGACUGUAAUUAUGUACAGCACGUGUGUAACUUAUUGUCUAAGUACAGCAGCCUUUAGCAGUGGACUGUGGGACACUCCUCAUAACGCAACAGCUGGCAAAAAAAAAAAAAAAGAAAAAAACUACCUAGCCCCAAUUUGAAUGUUGUAGUUUUUUAGCAAAUAAAACAUUGUAAGAUUUUUGUAUGGAGAUAUUGGUUGACAGUGAGACAAGUUGCCUUGUAAAGUAAGACUUCAAACAAAAAAAAAGCAUUAAACAUUUCCAACAGCUGCUGAACGCCUGACUCGCUGCCUGUCGGCGCUCGGCCUGUGCCGCUUUAGCCCCGCCCUGCGCCCGGCCGCCAUUUCGCGGCUCCUCCCGCCGCAACCGCCGCGGCUCCUCCCCAAAAUGGCCGCCGGGCACCGCGGGGCUGUGGUGGCGGCGGUGCGGCCGCGGGCGGUGCGGGAAGGCGUUGGCGCAGCCCGGCGACCUCGCCAGGCAGCGCCGCGGGCACAGCGGGGAGCAGUGGGGUGAAGCCGUUCCGCUGCCCCGUCUGCCGCAGGGCCUAAAUCUCCUCCUCGCACCUCGCCCUCCACCUGCGCUGCCACACGGGCGAGAGGCGCUUCCUGCAGGCCUCGCACCUGCAGGCACACCGCCGCCUGCACACGGGAGAGAGGCCCUUCGGGUGCCCGCAGUGCCACAAGGCCUUCACGCAGAAGGCAGGGCUGGUGCUCCAUGGCCGCCUGCACACGGGGGCGAGGCCCUACGCCUGCAGCAGGUGCGGGAAGAGUUUCCGCUCCUCCAUGCACCUCAUCUCGCACCAGCUCCUCGAGUCUGGUGAGAGGAGCUUCAAGUGCGCUGCCUGCGGGAAGGCCUUCAAGCAGGGCUCGUCCCUCAAGCAGCACCUGAGGACCCACGAGGAGCGUGAGCCUCACCGCUGCUCAGUCUGCAGUCGAGCCUUCUCCAGGUCCUCCUACCCCCAGCUUCACGUGAGAACACACAGCAGUGAGCGGCUGUACCACUGCUUGGUGUGCAACCGGACCUAUGCCAAAAUCUCCACUUUUGAAAAGCACUGUAAAAAGCACCAGCAGGAAGCAGAGAGGUCCAGUGUUAGACCUGGUGCAGUGACAAAAGCACUGGCUGGAGAAAAGACUCAAGAACUGCAGCACCAAGAUGACGACCGUGAGCAACCUCACCAGGCUGACGGAAGGCGGCAGCAGGAGGAAAGGCUGUAAGAGACUAAAUUACUGGGCAUGGAAAACACUGUAACAAACAUGUUUCCUGCUCUGUCAGCUGCCUUGCCCCAGCAAUUGGAAAUCCACACUAUUCAGGAUGCAGGAUGACCUCAGACUUGGUACAAUAAAAGCCGAGAAUAUUUCAGAAUGAAGAAACUGGAAGUGUACUCUAUUGCCCUGACGGUUGCAGUACAGUUUUGGGUUGUUUUUCCAAUUCCUUAUCAUUCUCUCCAAAGGACUGUCUUUAGGCACAAUCCCGGGGCCUCUGCCCCCAUGCUGCUGACUCUUGGAACCCUUAAUCCCCAUCUCUUCCUGAUGUGCUGCUGUGGACUUUACCUGUCCUGUGUCUGUGCUGGCCUCCCUUCUCCCCAAAGCAUCUGUGAUAGAGGUUUAUGUUACCAAACUAUGAGACUAUGGAGGUCUGUGUUGCCAGCUUUGCAGAGCAUCGUAGACAGAGGUCGGUUACCAAACUACCCUUUCCAGAGACUGUCACAUUAUGUCUGCACAAAUAAUAGAACUGGGGGGGUUCUGAGCUCUGCUGGGUUUGGUGCAAUGUCAGAUCAAUCUCAUCAGCGCUAGCUUCAAACACUGCUGGUGAGGUGCUGUAAGAGGACACACACCUUGGAUAUCUAGCUGGCUGUUUCUUUUGGCUGGGAUGGAGGCAUAACAAAAAAAUAAGAAUUUCAUUAGCCUGUCAUAUUCACUACCUGAAGAGUGAUCUGCCACUGUCAGAGUCUGAAAAACAGUGCUGGUUUUCAGCAGAUCUGUUGCUGCCAGUACUGGCACUUUUAAAUAUCUCCAGUCUAUUACUGAUGGGAAUUUAGUGAGUUAGGUAAGCUUUCUGAACCUGCCUCAACCCUGCUGUGAUGUCUGCCUUCCCGAGCUCUGAAAACAAGCAGUUUCAGCCCCAAAGCUGAAGUGACUUCCUUUCUCUGGGGCUUGUGUAGUCUGUGGGGGCCUCAGGUGUUGGCAGUAGCACUGUGUGCAGGAGGGCUUGGCAGCGGUGAGCUGGUGGCAGGGGCACUGCAUGUUUCCCAAACUGUUUUGCUGGCCUCAGCCAACAAGUGCGUGUCUCUGCCCAUUCUCUCAGCUGAGGCACCACCUAUGUCAGCAUGCAGCGGGACACAGCAGGAGCAGUGCUGUAGUGCAUACCAGGUGGUGCAGAUGCCUCUGUCUUUGCAGUCUGUUUCUUUUUCACUUCAGCAAAGUUCUGCUUUCCUCUGUGGGUGCAGUGCAAAGCUGUGUGCUGCACUUGCAGCAGCUAGGGGCACUCAUCUUGAAGGAAGCCGUGUGCUCUUCCUCCCUGAUGAGAGGCACUGGCUCUGUUCUACCUUCUGUGUAAGGCAAAGCUCCUGUUUAUUUCCAGCCAUGGUGUUGCUAAGACAGGAUCAGCCUUACUGCCAGCAAUGUGUGCGUAAACCUCUUGUUUCACCCCCUGAUGCUGCUCUGGUUGCUGGCCAGGGGACAGGACAGCCUGCCCUGGGUCUUGCCAGACGUUGCACUGCAGUUCUCUGCUGCUGCAGUGCUCUGCAGGCUGUCUUGGGGAGGGAUUCCUCAUGUGUGAGCACUGGCAGUGCAGUGGGGCAAAAGGCAGGUGGGUGCCAGACAGCCUCACCUGCAGAGCCUUGUGCAGCGCGUUAAACCACUGCUAACCUCAGGCUCAGGUCUGAGGCAGGGUUGUGAGCAUUACAGCUCCCCUAACCUUGGGAUGCUCUGGGACAGACAGUGUCCUCGGGCAUUGUCCUCACACGUGGCCUUAGGUCUGUACAAGUGCUUGAAAUGGCUGACAGAGAGCAGUACCGGGAACUGGUGAGAAUGUUAAAAAUGUGGUAGAAGUAACUGGGAUGCUAAACAAUGAGUGCUACCCUAGCAUGGCAGAAGUGCCUUUUUAAGUUCCUGAUGGAGCAAGAGAUACCUUUCUUGUAUGCGUGUCUCUGACUGAGUGUCCUCUUUCCUCCUCGUGAGGAGACAGAGAAGCUGGUCUCUGUUGGAAGGCAGGGCAUUCUGCUCAUGGAGUCUUUGUGAAGUAAAAGAACAUGGUGACAUCCACAGUCAUCUUUAUUGUGAAUUUAUGAGUAGAGAUGUAGCUGUGUUGUUCCUGUGUGUGAAUGCCUAACUUACAGGUGUGUCUGGUCUGGAUGGCAGGUGCAGACUGAAAAAAGACAGGAGCACAGGCUUUAGGGAAAUUGUCCUAGGCUCAGUUUGGGCUCUGCAGAGGAUCAUCAGUGCAAGCCCGAGCAUGACCCUGCCAGAAGCAGACACAUCCCGAAUGGCAGCAAUCCUGUUGAGGUGCACUGUGUUCCUUUGGCCUCGCAGUUUGGGCAGCCUGGUGGAGUGCAGUGCGGGCAACAGCCCUGAGCUUUUUGACUGGCAGCAGUGGUGCCAGGGGGGAGUUGAAUUGAUGCCCAGUUAUCAGCCUACUGCCAGCAUGUGCCAUGGUGGCACUCCCGGCUGUGUCCUUCAGAUUCCCCUCUGACAGUGCGUGGUAGCCAUAGAGGUGCACGGAGCCUGGGACAAAAGGACACGUUUUUCACUAGAGCCCACUUGUGGCCUAGAUACCAAAACAUUUUAUUCUCGUUGUUUCCACACACUCUGGAGGCUGCAGGUGGUAAUGUUGUAUGGAUUCCCCUUUUCCUUGGGCUGAGCCUGGAGACCUUACCAAGGUGCAUCCCAGGCACAGAAACUGCCCCCAGCCCAGGAGCCUCGUGUGCUUUCACUUCCAGUUCUGCAGGCUGCUAAAAGCAGGAGGGUUCAUGGGCGAGAGAAAAGCUUGGUCUGUUACAUGGUUAUGCUUUGCCUUUCAAACUAGGAGUGUCUCAAGUUGCCAAGAGCUGCAUGGUCUCUGCUGAGCCCCCGUGAUGGGACUGGGUUAGUACCACGUGCAAGGUGGUCAGAGCCCACAGCAUCACCAGGAGCCUUUCCAUGGAGGCCAGUGGGCUCAGAGACAAGCUUCUGUAACCAGCCCCUCUGCGUUACCCCCCCCACCUCAGGUCUUGAGUUUUCCUUCUCCUUUUGCAAACAACCCCAGAUUGCAGUGGCCACCUGCCUCCAGCCCCAUGCUUGUCCCUUGUGUAUGGCACCAGGGACUGAGUUUGAGAUGAGGCAUUUGCGCACACUGCAUCCAACCCGGCGGGCACUGGUCAAGAGGCUUUCCUGAGCCACCUGGGUGCUUCUACUCACAAAGCUGCAGGACUUAAUAAGCUGCUUAAGACUAGCACAAGCUUAACUCCAAGGAGCCCCUAAGCAUACCCAGUCUUUCUUUCCCAGGAGACGUGGUACUGCUCUGCAUCUCUCCAGCUUGAGUGGGAGGUGCUCAGUUGCUCCCCACUGGCUCACUCAUGCUCAAAGAACUCAUGGCAAGCAGCGGUGACCAUGGCGAUGAAGGCUACAAACUCCUGGAAGUCACACUCUGCAUCCCCAUUGCUGUCCAGCGCCUCCAUGACUUUGUCCACAGUCUCCUGGUCUUUGAUCUCCUGAAGGGAUAGAAACAGACAGCCGAAGCUGGGAAGGAUCAAAGCGAGAGGCCUGGACAGUAAGAUGUCCCUGUUUCUCGGCCACUCCUAUGGCUGAAUUCUGUUUAGACACAUCCCUAACAGUUUGUUGCUGCUUUAUGUGCUUUCUGUGCCUGCAGCUACACUUGCGCAACAGCAGCCCUACUGAACUGGAAAUUGCAGCCCCAAGAGUGCUGGUGGGAAGGAGCAUCUUGAGUCCCAUGGGGCAAGGCUGUCACCUUCCCAGGGAAGAAAAUGUAUCUAGUUGCAAUCAAAUCCCCAGCCCCAACGCAGGCUGUUGCCCUUGUCCAGGCACCUCUUGCUCCUGUGGAGCUGUAGGGAAGUGUUUCACACACUGCUGCGAGAAUAAACCCUUUCCCCUGUACUUGCUGCCCAGAGGAGACAGGUUAGCAGAGCCAGCAGCUGCUUGGCACGGCUCAGUCAAGCAUGCGUUGUGGAGGGCAAUACUCACACCAAGGAAAUGGGGCAACUCAUUGUUAAUGAGCUCCUUCAGCUCUGAUUUCUUCAGCUUGUGCUUGUCUCCCUCUUUCCCUGAGUACUGGUGGAAGGCAUCGAUGACGGCGAUCAUGGCCUUCUCCAGCUCGGACAUGGUCGCGGUGCAGUCCUGAGGACAGAGGCAGGCAAUGGGUGCGUUAGCCGAGUCGAGCUGCAGUGAUGCCUUCUGCUGCAUAGCGUGCUGCCCUGGGCUGCCCCCCAGCAUCUGCAGUGCCACCCCCUGCACUCCAGGAACAUUGCAGAACAGCCCCCCCCAUUUGCUCUCACUUCAGGGAGCAAGAUCCCAAGAGACCUCGGCUGUGUCUCAGAGGGCCCUGGAGUCAAGGAGAGCUACAACACAAGCAGUGCCUGUCAUGGUCCAUCCCCAGAGCGGGCACAACCCCUGGGACCAAUGUGAGUUUGGCACCUUGGGUCUCUGCUGUGAGCAGGGCAUAGACAAGAAAAUGAGGGGGAGAGAGAUGGCAAAGCCCUGCAGGCUUCCAGUAGAUGUUCCUGCAUUUCCUGUACAUGCAGAGCCAGCUGUCAGAUGGGAUGGGGUUGGCUGUUAAACCUGUGUUGCAGAUGCCCUUUGGGAAAUUCUAUGGAUACAAGAAAUGCAGGAGCAUAAAAAAUGCAUUUAUUUAAUCAUGCAUGUUGUCGCCUCACCUAUUCUUUGGCUCUUGUAGCUUAGCCCAUUGCUUUGCCCUGCUUGCUUGGAAUGGGAGCAGGCAACGGGGUGAAUUUCCAAAACACUGCUUUCUACUUCCAUGCCAUAUGCCCUUGCCUCUGCCUUUUCUUGCCUGCAGUUACAUCUCCGACUGAACAGGCGGGGGCAUGUAGGCAGGAGUCAGUUUUGGUGGAUGCCAGUGGGAAAAAAAUAAAGACAUCUCUAACUUCUUUCCUCCUGCGCUUCCUCUGGAGACCUUCUCAGGAGUAUUAAUAAUUGCAGCAUUUUCUACGGAUUCCACAAACAGCCAAACCCAAGAUACUCUGAAAGGGAGAAAUGCAAAUGCACCCAAAGCUGCUGAAUGCACUGACACUCAGGGGAAGAAAACAACCAACCAUCCAACAACAAGAAGAUUGUCUGACGCUCAUUUAGUGAUAAGCACCUGCCCUGGUGCCUGGCUCCUGUUUCAUCAGUGCUGGGCCUGAUGCGGAAGGCACUGAAAGUCAUCCUGCAGGUGCCCUCCCCUCUGCAGCGGUUAUGUCUGAACUGCAAGGCUGUUUCCAAACAGAAAGCAUUUCUGAAGUAUUUAAUUUAUGCACCCUAAUAGUCACUCGUGUGCUUGCGUCCUGCCUGCGCCAGGCUGAGCCAGUAGCCAGCAGUGCUGCCCGUUUCCCAUCCACCGGACCCAGGAUUAUUUCAGCUCCUUGAUGGUCUCCUGCGUGAGGGCAGAGCUCUGCUCCAGCACAGCCGUCCCCGAGCCGCUCCCUCCCACCGCACCAGCUUGCCGGCUGCAGCAGCGAAGCACCUGCCCUGCUCCCCAGCCCCUCUCACCUCCCUGCUCACGGUGGAGCUGCAGCCAGGCGAUGGUCAGGAACACGGCUGGGCCCUGGCACCUGCUGGCUUCUUAUGCUUGGGGGCGGAGAGCCCUGAGCCGUGCCGCAGCGCUGGUGGCACCAAUGGUAGCUCGACGUGGGGGUGUCCUGGGCUGCAGAGCCGCACUGCGCAGAGAUGCACACAGCACGGCUUUGACUGGCGGCUGGGGCGCAGCAGCUGGCUGUGGGAGCUGCUGCAGAGAAAGCCACCAUUGUGAGAAGGAAAAAAAAAGAAAAAAGAAACAGGCAGUCAGCAGCAGUUCCAGCUUGGCAGCAUCUCUGGUGCUGCAGCUUUCAUACACAGUAAAGGCUAUAGGCUGUGAGCAGCAGCUGGGUCAGGGUCUCCACAGUGGGGCUGAGGUUCCCCAAAGCCAGAGCCAACCACGUGGGAAGGAUGGAGCCCCCCCUUUCUCUGGGGACCCUGACCCUGGGCUGCAGCACCCUCUGAGACAGAAAUAUUUUGUUGUGUGUGUCAGAACUUUCUCUUGCUGCGGUUUGUGUCUCUGGCCUCCUGUCCCUUGCUGGGCACCUGUGAGAUGGGUCUAGCUGUGUCUCUCUGAUGCCCUUUAGUCUUAGGGACAGCAAGAACCUUUACGUGGGGGGAGAUGACUGUAUCAGGCUGCAAGUGUAGAACGACAAAGUUGGUAGCAGCUGCAGUUCCUUUCUGAUGCAUAUACCUGACAGAUGGUGCCAAAUCCCUGGGCGUGCCCUCCUGAAGCCUCACAAAAAGCCCCACUGAAUCUUUGAGCUGCAAAGGGCGCCUGCCUGGGGCUGUCACCCAGCCAGGAGCUGUGUCCCCGUCCUUCUGUUUGGGGGCCAGCACGAGGCCAUGGUGCACCCGCUGCCCGAUGAUGGCCCCCCGUCUGCUCAGAAAUCACCCACCAGACACGGCACCCGCUGCAGGGACUUUUAUUCACAAGCACAAGCUGGGGGCUGCCAUUCCCGGCAGAGCGGCUCGCGUUGGUGCCCAGCCCUGAGGGAGGUGAGGUGGGGACUGGGAGCUGCAGGGGGGCUGGUGAGAAGUGGCAGGAGCAGGGAGCAAAGUAAUGUCCCCAGUGUGAAACCUGAGUGCAUUGACACUAAAUGCAGACCUGACCACUGAAAUCUUUGCAUUUAUAGCAUUGCGAUCUGCAGCAGUUAGUUACCUGUGCUCUCAGAGGAUUGGCAGGGCUAGGAGGCGCUUUCGGGCAGUGGUGUUUGCAGAGAUGAAGUCGUUUGUCAUCAGUGUUGCAAUGUUCUAUUUUCUAAGGAUAAAUGUAUUGAUGUAAGAGCUGGGUGUAAGUGGUGCUCUCAGCCAGCAGGAAAGAAACAGUAUUUUUCUCUAUCAAUAACAAUUUGAUUUUGGUAGAUAUCCUAGCUCGGUAACUGGCCAAGAAAUGCAUCAAUGCACAUCAUUUCUAGUCAGAGACAAAAAGCUCAAAGCUCUGCCUCGUUCUCCCAUUUUCUGAUGUCAUUGCUUAUUCUGUCCUGCUUAUUCUUAUGACUUCAAGUCAUUCCGAUGUAUAUUUUACAGGGAAAGAUCUGCUGCACUGGUAGCUUGUGAAGUAAGGAGCAGCAGGAUUAGGUGCGAACACCAGAAACCUUGGCCCUUUGCUGCUUCUGCAAAUGAGCAGCUCCAGGUGAUUUCCCAGAUCCUCCCCAGGGUCAUUGCCCAGCACACAACCCCGUCCUGCUCUGGGUCCUCUCCGACCUGGCACAGGUGCCAGGCUGUGCCAGUCUGGGAGCUUGUGUUCAUCUCCACACUUAAAUUUACCCACUUCCAUGCUGCGCAAAGAACCGCUUCCAUUAUUUUAAAACUCAUGGCCUUGGUCUUUCAAAAGGAGACUGUGACCUUGGGGCUUUUUUCCUCAGGGUCACUGCUUUUUUUGCCAGAGCUUUGGGCCAAUGUAUUCAGAGAAACAGAGGGUUUUACAUAGCCUAAGGCCGAGCGUGAUAUUUCAGCCCUCUCCUUGUCUCCCCCUUCCCAGUAAAACACAAUGCGAGCUCUUCAUAGCAGGCCCUGGGAGAAAAGCCAGCGUAUUUCUUUGUGUCUCUGGCGUGUGUGGCACCAGGCUCUGCCAGACCACGAGACAAAGGCUGGUGGUCAUUGAACUGGGACAAAAAAGUAAUGAAAGGAGAGGAAUUUGGGUGGGAGGGGGAAGAUGUUUCUGCAACUGCAGGGCUGUGCUUAUAGUCCUAGCACAUUGGAAGUGGGAUUCUGCAGGUUCCCCAGCUCUGUGCCUUGGUCACUGUGUGUGUAUGUGAGCCAACAAAUACAUUGGCCAGAGAUGAGCUGGGAUCCUAGGGGGAAGCCCUAGAAGCAGAAACAGCAGCACACAGCUGAGAAUGGGGCUGGUGCCCAUGGAACUCUGUGGACGGAGACGAGGAAAGGGGCUCAAUUCAGUGCCCUGCACGUAGGUUCAGGGCCUCUUCAAGUACCUGAUGUGUGUUCUCUCAGCACAACUGCGCGUCAUGUUUGCAAAGGAACAGCUCUGGACUCCAGUGCUGGCCCACCAAAUAGCCUCCCUUUGGUAGUUCUCAUGAAAAACACCAAACGGUUCUGCUGCCACUGCAAAUUCUCUGAAGUUGAAAACAUUGGGACGCUGUAACCUCAGCUGAAACAUGGCCUUGCGCUUAGGUCAUUCCCUGGCUGAACCAAAGGACUAUUCUAGGUUCAUUAAAAAUAUAUGAAUUUGUUCUCUGUGAAACUGGCCCUGAGAAAAGGCAUUACAGCAUCAAUUUGCAGUGUCCCUCCUGCGCCUGGUACAGGGAGCAACCCCAAAAGGAGAGGACUGCAGGGGGUAUAAAGAGGGAAGGCAUGCUGGUGCUGAAGGCUCAUGUCCUUGCAGUUCACAUCCAAGCUACAAUAACCAGCACAGAGGAAACCAAAUGGUGGUUUUUUGUUAUUUGUUUUGUUUUGUUUUCUUUUUUUUUAAGGUGCUUCUAAAGUACCUGUGUUUCUGUUGAAAAUAUUGUGGCUACCAGUGUAGUGAUUCAGGUCUACCUUCUGUCAAAGCAGAGAUGACUGUAUUUAGACCAUGUUUUGUGAAAUUCCUUUGAUCAGAUCCCUAAAUCCCUUUUAAAAACAAACUAGAUGAUAUCCCAUGGCUUUAAAGUACCUUAGCAUAUUUUGGUCUAGAAACAUAACAGGUAACAAAUGGCAGAUGAUACCUUCUGAAGUGAGUCUUAUGUUCUAGACUGAACUAUAAGGGGGGGAGUUGUGGUAUUUGCUUUUUUGAGCUGGCUGCAUCCUCACCUCGGAAGAAUACUUUCAGCUUCUAAUGUCUCUGCCAAGCAGAGCUCCCACAAACAGCAGGAGCAGAGCACUACCCUGUUAACUCUGAUCUAAACCUCAGAAAUGUAGAAAUUAUUAUAAAAACAAUGCCUAGUUACCAGGAGUUUGGCAAGUAAAGUUUCAUAACUAAGUCAAUUUCUAAGGCUGAUUCUAUAAAGACGGUUCACCUUCCAUCACUGACUUUAGGCAAGUAUCUUCAGAAAUUAUCUGAAGAUUUUGACAGCCACGGGGAACUGGAGCUCCUUACAGAAAGCUCAUCUCAGGCAGACCAUUACAACAACUUUUUUUUUUUUCUUCUAACCAAAAUAAAUAGGCUAAGCCCCAAAUACAUCACCCAUAUCAGUGUUGCAACCAACUGCAUGCAUUUAAACUGUGCAAAAGCUCCACAGCUCUCCCUAGUGAGGACUGUCAGUACAAGAGUGGAGUUGUUUCUGAGCACGGGUUGAAGAUGAUGUUUUCCUUACACAACAACCCCUCCAGGGAGCACUCCAGCCCUGCUAAAUCAUUCAGACAAAAUUAUACUACUAAUGAAUGCACCCACGGCUGAACCUGUGUGUGACCUAAGCCUUAUUUAUAGAAUAAAUACCAAAUUAUUUCUCUAAUUUCUAAAUAAAAUUAAUAAAUCACUGUAUUCUUCCCAGGUAAUCCCUGAUCUUAUGCAGGACAUGAGUGAAAAGCUAUUUGCUAGCAAAGGAGUAUUUAAAAUUCAACUUAUAGUGUGUGCAUGUAUACAGUCGUAUAUAUUAAUUCACAGGCAUGUUUCUGUCCCGAGUUGCUGAUGAGUGCCACAUUUGGAAGUAGAGUUUGCAUCCCUGCUGCCUCUCCCUUGCUCCCCAAGGCUCCAGACACUGCUUUGUGAUGCACUGCACAGCCACAGUCCCUACCUCCCAGGCAUUAAAAUCAAGGUUGGAUGUUAAUUGCAAGUAUUUAUGGCAAUGAGUUUGGGUUUUCAACGUGAACUUCUCACUGUCUCAGGUCUGAGUUGAUGUUACCUCUGCAGUACGAGGAAAUCCAGGGCCCUGUAUUUAAGGAGUGCUCAAAAGCCAGCCCCGCUACCUUGGGCUGCUGUGCAAGAUUGACAGUCAGAGCUACAGCGCUUUCAGACGGGGCUGUUCUGCAGCAUAGCUCAAAGGCUGUGAGAAGAUGUCAACCCCCCAUCCAGGACCACACGGAGGGCCGCCACCACCACAUCCUGGGCCAGGGGGGCCACCACACCCAGAGCCUGGAAAACCUGCACCACAUGGACCAGGCCCCCACCCACCGAGUCCCCAUCCACCAGGCUCCCACCCACCGGGCCCCCACCCCCCAGGCCCCCACCCACCGGGCCCUCAUCACUAGGCAGUGAGGUGCCAGCAAGCGGCUGCUCCCUCAGGUGUGCCUCCAUCAGCCGCCCACACCGCCAGGAGCAGGCUGGGUGAGGGGGAGCUGCUGCUGCUCCAACUCACUGGCUCCCCUGCAGCUCCCCGUCCCCAGUGGGCUGCCUGGAGCCCACAGGGGCCUCACCUCCCUCAGGGCUGGGCACCACCGCGGAGCCGCUCUGCCGGGAAUGGCAGCCCCCAGCUUGUGCUUGUGAAUAAAAAUCCCUGCAGCGGG